UAGUUAAACAGUCCUUUUUAUGCCUAGCAUUGAGCGACUAGCAUCAAACGAGCAUCAAGAUGCAGCUUUUCUUACGUGGCCAGAACACUCACACCCUUGAGGUGACUGGAGAGGAGACUGUCGGCCAGAUCAAGGCUCAUGUCCAGGCUCUGGAAGGUCUCCUGGUUGAGGAUCAGGUGCUGCUGCUUGCUGGGUGCCCUCUGGAGAAUGAUGCCUCUCUGGCGUCUUGCGGUGGCACCCUGGAGGUAGCUGGCAGACUUCUGGGAGGUAAGGUUCACGGCUCUCUGGCCCGUGCCGGAAAAGUGCAGGGACAGACUCCCAAAGUUGAUAAGCAGGAGAAGAAGAAGAAGAAGACUGGCCGUGCUAAGCGCCGCAUCCAGUACAACAGGCGCUUUGUGAAUGUCGUUCCCACCUUCGGAAAGAAGAAGGGACCCAAUGCCAACUCUUAAGUGGUUCACUGCCCCAAAGGAGAAACAGCAUCAUUUCCCCUUCA